AUGGUAACAGAGCCCCCUCCCUCCCAAAACUUGGUGUUUAGAGCCGUUGCAAAAGUCUACUUCAAGGAGAACAUAUUCAUAGCAGUUUGUGCAUUUUUCAGAACAGUUGCGGUCGUAUCUCUUCCAUUAAUGUUAUAUGUCUUUGUGGAUUAUGCAAACAGUGACCACAGGGAUCUCCGCAAUGGUUUCUUCAACUUAGCUUGUCUAGUUAUGCUGAAGCUAGUUGAAUCCUUGUCAAUGAGACAUUGGUAUUUUGCAUCAAGAAGAUCAGGAAUGAGGAUUAGAUCAGCGCUAAUGGUAGCUGCCUACAAAAAGCAGCUAAAGCUAUCAAGUUUGGGGAGGAAAAGGCAUUCAUCUGGGGAGAUUGUCAAUUAUAUCGCCGUGGAUGCAUAUCGUAUGGGAGAAUUCUUAUGGUGGUUCCACUCGGGAUGGAGCCUUACGCUGCAACUUUUGCUUUCUACAGCUGUACUUUUUGGAGUGGUUGGAGCAGGAGCUUUUCCAGGUUUAAUUCUUCUCCUCCUGUGUGGUCUCCUUAAUCUGCCAUUCGCAAAGAUGCUACAGAACUGCCAGACCCAGUUCAUGAUCGCACAAGAUAAGCGAUUGAGGUCCACCUCAGAGAUUUUGAACAGCAUGAAAGUCAUUAAGCUGCAGUCAUGGGAAGAGGAGUUCAAGAAAAAGAUAGAAUCAUGUCGUGAUGAUGAAUUCAUAUGGUUGGCAAAGGCUCAGCUGACAAAGGCCUUUGGUACUUUCCUGUAUUGGAUGUCUCCUACAAUAGUUUCUUCUGUUGUUUUCGUGGGAUGUGCUCUAUUCAAGAGCGUGCCGCUGAACGCAAGCACCAUUUUCACGGUUUUAGCUACACUAAGAGUUCUGGCAGAACCUGUUAGAACUAUACCUGAGGCAAUAUCUGCUAUCAUCCAAGUCAAUGUCUCUUUCAACAGAUUAAGCAACUUCUUGCUUGAUGAUGAGCUAAAGACUGAUGAAAUUGAAAGAAGUGGUCUCGAGAAAUCUGGAACAACAGUGGCCAUACAAGCAGGAAACUUCAAUUGGGAUCCAGAAACUAAGAUUCCAACUCUUCGAAAUAUACAUUUGGAAAUUAAGCAUGGGCAAAAAGUUGCGGUUUGUGGACCAGUUGGGGCAGGAAAAUCAUCACUGUUGCAUGCAGUACUUGGAGAAAUACCUAAAGUUUCUGGAACCGUAAAGGUCUCUGGGUCCAUUGCUUAUGUUUCUCAGACCUCGUGGAUUCAAAGUGGUACCAUCCGGGACAAUAUUCUCUACGGGAAGCCCAUGGAAGCUGGAAGAUACAAUGCUGCUAUAGAAGCAUGUGCUUUGGAUAAAGACAUAAAUGGAUUUGGACAUGGUGACCUCACAGAAAUAGGACAAAGAGGGAUUAACUUGAGCGGAGGACAAAAGCAAAGGGUUCAGCUUGCACGUGCUGUCUAUGCAGACGCUGAUGUUUACCUCCUUGAUGACCCUUUUAGUGCUGUGGAUGCACAUACAGCUGGGAUUCUUUUCCAUAAAUGUGUUGAGGAUGCGCUGAAGGAAAAAACUGUCAUUCUAGUCACUCACCAAGUCGAGUUUCUCUCAGAAGUUGAUCAAAUUCUGGGUAUGGAGGAAGGAAGAAUUACACAGUUAGGAAAGUAUGAAGAGCUCUUAAUGAUGGGGACUGCAUUCCAACAGCUUGUGAAUGCUCAUAAUGAUGCAGUAACUGUAUUACCUUUAGCGAGUAAUGAGAGCCUCGGAGAUCUUAGGAAAGGGGGUCAAGACAGUGAGAUAAGAAACAUGUCAUUUGUAGAAAAAAUCGAAGAAGAGAUCAACACAACGGAUGUUCCAGGGGUACAACUUACACAAGAAGAAGAAAAAGAGAGCGGUGAUGUUGGGUUGAAACCUUUCUUGGACUAUGUCCAUGUCUCUCGAGGAUGCUGUCUUCUAUGGUCAAGUGUAUUGAGUCAGGUUGGCUUUGUAGUUUUCCAGGCUGCAUCAACAUACUGGCUGGCUUUUGCCAUAGGGAUCCCUAAACUCACUAAUACAAUGCUUAUUGGAGUCUAUAGCAUUAUCUCAACUCUUAGUUCUGGGUUUGUAUACGCGAGAGCUGUUACGAUUGCUCAUCUUGGACUAAAAGCUUCUGAAGCCUUCUUCUCUGGUUUCACAAAUGCAGUAUUCAAAGCUCCGAUGCUCUUUUUUGAUUCUACUCCCAUUGGGCGCAUUCUCACUCGAGCUUCGUCUGAUUUGAACGUCUUGGACUUUGACAUCCCAUUUGCAUUCAUAUUUGUGGUAUCAGCGGCUAUUGAUCUCGUUACAGCUCUUAUCAUCAUGACAUAUGUGACAUGGCAAGUAAUUAUCAUAGCUCUUCUUGCUUUGGCAGCCACGAAAGUUGUUCAGGAUUACUAUUUAGCCUCUGCAAGGGAGCUGAUUAGAAUCAAUGGAACAACCAAAGCUCCAGUGAUGAAUUAUGCUGUAGAAACCUCACUUGGAGUAGUGACAAUACGAGCUUUUGGAACGGCAGAGAGAUUCUUCAAAAACUACUUACACCUAGUUGAUGCAGAUGCCGUCCUAUUCUUUCUGUCUAAUGCAGCCAUGGAAUGGGUUAUUCUGAGAAUAGAGACUCUGCAGAAUGUGACGUUGUUCACUUUUGCACUUCUGCUUAUCCUUAUCUCUAAAGGCUACAUAUCUCCAGGCCUCGUUGGGCUUUCACUCUCCUAUGCAUUAACACUGACACUAACUCAGGUGUUUCUGACCCGAUGGUAUUGCACCUUAUCGAAUUCAAUCAUAUCAGUAGAGAGGAUAAAACAAUAUAUGAAUAUACCAGAAGAAGCUCCUGCAAUUGUGGAGGACAGAAGACCACCUUCCUCAUGGCCUUCCACUGGUACAAUUCACUUGCAAGAUCUUAAGAUAAGAUAUCGCCCAAAUGCUCCAUUAGUUCUCAAAGGAAUCUCUUGCACAUUCAGGGAAGGGACAAGAGUAGGAGUUGUUGGGAGAACAGGAAGUGGGAAGAGCACUUUAAUCAGUGCUUUGUUUCGUUUGGUAGAACCAGCAAGUGGUUGCAUAUUGAUUGAUGGCAUUGACAUAAGUAAGAUUGGCCUAAAGGACCUGAGAAUGAAACUGAGCAUCAUUCCUCAAGAACCAACUCUUUUCCGUGGCUGCAUAAGGACCAACCUUGAUCCUUUAGGUGUUUACUCCGACGAUGAGAUAUGGAAGGCUCUUGGGAAGUGUCAGCUCAAGACGACGAUUACCAAUCUGCCUAAUAAGCUUGAUUCCUCAGUGAGUGAUGAAGGAGAGAACUGGAGCGUGGGACAGAGACAACUGUUUUGUCUCGGUAGAGUACUGUUAAAGAGAAACAAAAUCUUGGUGUUAGAUGAAGCUACAGCUUCCAUUGAUUCAGCCACUGAUGCAAUCAUUCAGAGAAUCAUAAGAGAGGAGUUUGCAGAUUGCACGGUGAUAACUGUUGCACAUAGAGUACCAACUGUCAUAGAUAGUGACAUGGUCAUGGUUCUCUCCUUUGGUAAUCUAGUGGAGUACGACGAGCCUUCAAGGCUAAUGGAGACUGAUUCUUACUUCUCCAAGCUUGUUGAUGAGUAUUGGUCUAGUUGCAGAGGAAACUCUUCUCAGAAUCUCCAAUCAUAG